AUGGAGAAAGACGCAAAUAUGGGGAAAACGCAAAUAUGGGGAAAAUGCAUAUAUGGGGAAAACGCAAAUAUGGGGAAAACGCAAAUAUGGGGAAAACGAAAAUAUGGGGAAAACGCAAAUAUGGCAAAAACGCAAAUAUGGCGAAAACGAAAAUAUGGGGAAAACGCAAAUAUGGGGAAAACGCAAAUAUGGGGAAAACGCAAAUAUGGCGAAAACGCAAAUACGAACAUAUGGGGAAGAUGCAAAUAUGGGGAAAACGCAAAUAUGGGGAAAACGCAAAUAUGGAUAAAACGCAGAUAUGAGGAAAACGCAGAUAUGGAGAAAACGCAGAUAUGGGGAAAGCGCAGAUAUGGGGAAAACGCAGAUAUGGGGAAAACGCAAAUAUGGGGAACACGCAAAUAUGGGGAUAACGCAAAUAUGGGGAAAAUGCAAAUAUGGCAAAAACGCAAAUAUGGGGAAAACGCAAAUAUGGGGAAAACGCAAAUAUGGGGAAAACGCAAAUAUGGCGAAAAUGUAAAUAUGGAAAAAACGCAAAUAUGGCAAAAACGCAAAUAUGGCAAAAACGAAAAUGUGGCAAAUACGUAA